UGUGAUGUAUGUGGUAAAGGGUUUAGUGAGCAAGGCACUUAACACAAACACUCGAGAAUUCAUACAGGUAAUAAACCUUAUAUCUGUGAUGUAUGUGGUAAAGGGUUUAGUUAUCCUGGUAAUUUACAGACACACAUGAGAAUACAUUACGAUGAGAAACCUUAUGACUGUAAUAUAUGUGGUAAACGGUUUAAAAGUCAUAGUAGUUUACAUAGACACAAGAAAAUACAUACAGGUGAUAAUCCUUAUGACUGUGACGUAUGCGGUAAAGGGUUUACUCAUCAUGGUAAUUUACAGAUUCACACGAGAACACAUACAGGUGAUAAACCUCAUGACUGUGAUGUAUGUGGUAAACGGUUUAGUCAGCUUGGUGCUUUACAGAGACACAUGAGAAUACAUACAGGUGACAAACCUUUUGACUGUGAUGUAUGUGGUAAAGGGUUUAGUGAGCAAGGCACUUUACACAAACACUCGAGAAUACAUACAGGUAAUAAACCUUAUAUCUGUGAUGUAUGUGGUAAAGGGUUUAGUUAUCCUGGUAAUUUACAGACACACAUGAGAAUACAUUACGAUGAGAAACCUUAUGACUGUAAUAUAUGUGGUAAACGGUUAAAAAGUCAUAGCAGUUUACAGAGACACAAGAAAAUACAUACAGGUGAUAAUCCUCAUGACUGUGAUGUAUGCGGUAAAGGGUUUACUCACAAACAUAGUUUACAGAUUCACAUGAGAAUACAUACAGGCGAUAAACCUCAUGACUGUGAUGUAUGUUGUAAACGGUUUAGUCAGCUUGGUAAUUUACAGAGACACAUAAGAACACAUACGGGUGAUAAACCUUAUGACUGACAGUGUGUGA